CAGGGGCGCCCACGACCCACCCCGGAGAAGUUGGAGCCGUUGGCCCGGGGCGCUGCCACUGUCGCCGCAGGCGUCGGGGGGGCGGCGGCGAUGGUGUCUCCCGCGGCCUCCGCCGGCCGCCUGGGCUCCGCGCUGCCCUUACUGCUCGUGCUUUUCGACCUGCAGUACCAGGGAGCUGAAUGUGGAAUAAAUGCAGAAGUGGAAAAACAACUUGAAAUGGGAAAGAAGUUACUGGCUGCUGGACAGCUAGCAGAUGCUUUGUCUCACUUUCAUGCGGCUAUAGAGGGAGACUCUGAUAACUACAUUGCUUAUUACAGAAGAGCCACAGUGUACUUAGCCAUGGGCAAAUCUAAAGCAGCAAUUCGUGAUUUAAGUAAAGUGGUUGAAUUAAAGCAGGACUUCACAUCAGCCAGAUUACAGAGAGGACACUUACUGCUGAAGCAAGGAAAAUUUGAUGAAGCAGAGGAUGACUUUAAAAAUGUGCUCAAAUCUAAUCCUAGCAAUAAUGAGGAAAAAGAAGCCCAGACUCAACUGACAAAAUCUGAUGAGCUACAGCGCCUGCAUUCACAAGCAUUAGCUGCCUACCGGCAAGAGGAUUACGAAGCUGCUAUUUCUCUCCUUGAUGAAAUCUUGGCAGUUUGUGUUUGGGAUGCAGAGCUACGGGAGCUUCGAGCUGAGUGUUAUAUAAAGGAAGGAGAGCCAAGCAAAGCUAUUAGCGACUUGAAAGCUGCUGCUAAAUUAAAGAACGAUAACACUGAAGCCUUCUAUAAAAUCAGCAGAAUAUAUUAUCAGCUGGGGGACCAUGAAUUAUCACUCAGUGAAGUCCGGGAGUGUCUAAAACUGGACCAAGACCAUAAGCAAUGCUUCUCCCUCUACAAGCAAGUAAAGAAACUCAAUAAGCAGAUCGAGUCAGCAGAGGAAUUCAUCAGAGAAGGCAGGUAUGAAGAUGCUAUCAGUAAAUACGAUUCUGUAAUGAAAACUGAACCAGGAGUCCCGAUUUAUGCUACUCGUGCCAAAGAAAGGAUCUGCCACUGCUUAUCAAAGAAUCAGCAGGCUACAGAAGCAAUAGAAGUUUGUACAGAAGUUCUGCGACUGGAACCAACCAAUGUGAAUGCCCUGAAAGACAGAGCAGAAGCUUAUUUGCUGGAAGACCUGUAUGAAGAAGCUAUUAAAGACUAUGAGACUGCUCAAGCCAAUAGUGAAAAUGACCAGCAGAUUCGGGAGGGGCUAGAACGUGCCCAGAGGAUGCUGAAGCAAUCACAGAAGAGGGAUUACUAUAAAAUCUUAGGAGUAAAAAGAAAUGCCCGAAAGCAGGAAAUCAUAAAAGCUUACAGAAAGCUGGCAUCCCAAUGGCAUCCUGAUAACUUCCAGAGUGAGGAAGAAAAGAAGAAAGCAGAGAAAAAAUUCAUUGAUAUAGCAGCUGCUAAAGAAGUCCUCACUGACCCAGAAAUGAGGCGGAAGUUCGAUGCGGGGGAGGACCCGCUGGAUGCAGAGAGUCAGCAGGGUGGAGGCAACCCUUUCCACAGGAACUGGAACACGUGGCAAGGAUUCAAUCCCUUUGGUUCUGGAGGAGGACCAUUUACAUUCAAAUUUCACUUCAGUUAGAGCCAAGACUGUUUCUGGUGGCUGCUGCUGUUUUUUACUUAAUUCGUUGAAAAAUAAAAAGUCUUUCAGUUCAAGACCCAAAA